GGCAAAGGAGCCAUACAUUCCAAUCAUGCAGGAGAGACAAGACACACCUCUGAGGACAUUGCAACCGCAGACACGAUGCCUCCAAUGUGGGAACGUACUGGAGUGGUCAGAGGAACACAGUGUUCUUCUUGGCUGUUCAUGCUGCUCAACAGUGGAUGAGACUCUUCAGAAUGUAGCCAGAGGUCUGGCUGACAAAAUGAAGAAGGAGAAGAGUCACUGGGCAGCUGGAAGAGUGGGUGACAUUGACUUUAUCGGCUCUAGCAAGACAAGAGGAAAGUUUGUGAGAGUGAGCAGCAACACAGAUCCAGUGCUGAUCUACCAGAUGCUCACAGAAGAGUGGGGCCUUUCUCCUCCACACCUGGUAGUGGCAUUGGUGGGAGGAGAUGAGGUGGCUCAGAUGAAGCCCUGGCUCAGGGACACUCUUAGAAAAGGACUUGUGAAGGCUGCACAGAGUACAGGGGCAUGGAUUUUGACUAAUGGUCUUCGCUUUGGCAUCACCAAGCACUUGGGCCAGGCAGUGCGAGAUCACUCCUUGGCCAGCACCUCCUCUAAAGUUCGUGUAGUGGCCAUUGGCAUCGCUCCCUGGAACAUGAUCCACAACCGAGAGGCCCUAAUCUCUGCCAAGGUGGAUGAGCCUGCAGCGUACAAACCGCAGGACUUGCCCCAUGGUUCUGUGUAUUCUUUAGACAGUCACCACUCACAUUUUGUGCUUGUGGAGGAGGAUCCCAAAAGACCAGGAGCUACCAGUGAAAUGAGAGUAAAGCUGCUCAAGCACAUCUCCCUUCAGAGAACAGGAUAUGGAGGAUCAGGAAGUUUUGAGAUUCCUGUUUUGUGUCUCUUGGUCCAUGGGGAACCCAGAAUCCUAAAGAGAAUGUACAAAGGAAUUGGAAAUUCCACACCGUGGCUGAUCCUGGCCGGCUCUGGAGGUGUGGCUGACAUCCUUGUCACACUGAUGAAUAAAGGCUGCUGGGACAGAGACAGUGUUCAUGAGCUACUGCUGGACACCUUUCCAAAUGCCCACCACAGCACAGACAUCAGUAACUGGGUCAAGCUGAUCCAGAAGAUACUCGAUCACGGGCAUCUCCUGACUGUCCAUGAUCCUGAGCAGGAGAGCUCCGAGCUGGAUACAGUCAUCCUCAAAGCUCUUGUCAAGGCUUGUAAGAGCCAAAGUCAGGAGGCUCAAGACUACCUGGAUGAACUGAAGCUAGCUGUGGCCUGGAACAGAGUGGACAUCGCCAAGAGUGACAUCUUUAAUGGAGAUGUGGAGUGGAAGGCAUGUGAUCUUGAAGAAGUCAUGAUGGAUGCUCUUAUCAAUGACAAACCAGACUUUGUGCGCCUCUUUGUGGACAACGGUGUGAACCUUGGUGAGUUCCUUACCUACGGUCGACUACAGGAGCUUUACUGGUCUGUGUCGGAGAAAAGUCUCCUUCACAACCUGCUCCUCAAAAAGUAUGAGGAGAAGCAACUCCUGCUUGGAGCAGCCAGAACACACGGUCCACCGGGACACCAUCCUAUUGAGCAAGGGAAGCCACGCUUCACCCUCUAUGAGGUUGCCAAAGUGCUGAAGGACUUUCUUCAUGACUCCUGUAAAGGCUUUUACCAAAAGAUCCCUACGGAGAAGUCGGGAAAAGGUCGACUGUUCCACAGCCAGAAGAACCUGGCUGAGUUAGAGGAGCACUGCGAACAUCCUUGGCGGGAUCUUUUCCUCUGGGCCGCCCUUCAGAACCGACAGCAGAUGGCUAACUACUUCUGGGCCAUGGGCCCUGAGGCGGUUGCAGCAGCGCUGGCAGGUUGUAAGAUUCUGAAAGAGAUGGCACGCCUAGAGUCUGAGGCUGAGUCUGCACGCAGUAUGAAGGAAGCCAAGUAUGAGCAGUUUGCCCUUGAUGUCUUUGGAGAGUGUUACUCCAACAGUGAAGACAGGGCUUAUGCGUUGUUAGUGAGGAGAACACAUUGCUGGAGCAAAUCUACAGUCCUCAACUUGGCAACUGAGGCAGAUGCUAAAUCCUUCUUUGCUCAUGAUGGAGUCCAGGCUCUCCUCACAAAGAUCUGGUGGGGGGCCAUGACCACAGACACAGCUAUCUCCAAGCUUGUGGUGUCUUUCUUCUGUCCUCCGCUCAUCUGGACCAACCUCAUAAAGUUUAGCGAAGAGGAACUGGAUAACCGGAAUGAUAACAAACAGUUUGCAGAGCUGGACAGCCUGGAUACAGAAAAAGCUUUACUGCUAACUGAUGAUGACGACCAUUUGGACUCUUCACCUGGAGGUCCAGAGACUCAGAGCUGUGCCUUUGUGUGGUGGCGCUUCCUGCUCCGCCGCUGGCGUCGUUUCUGGAGUGCUCCUGUCACCGUGUUCCUCGGCAAUGUCAUCAUGUACUUCGCCUUCCUCUGCCUCUUCACCUACGUGCUCCUACUAGAUUUUCGUCCGCCACCACCCUUUGGUCCUGGAGCUCCAGAGAUAAUGCUCUACUUCUGGGUCUUUACCUUGGUGCUGGAGGAACUUCGACAGAGCUUCUUCACUGAUGAAGAGAUGAACAUCUUGAAGAAGUUUAAACUCUAUGUAGAGGACAACUGGAACAAGUGUGACAUGGUGGCCAUCUCACUCUUUGUUGUGGGUGUUUCUUGCAGAAUGGCAAAUGACACCUAUGAAGCAGGACGGACAGUUCUGGCACUAGAUUUCAUGGUAUUUACUCUACGUCUGAUCCACAUCUUCGCCAUUCAUAAGCAGCUGGGUCCCAAGAUUAUCAUCGUGGAAAGAAUGAUGAAGGAUGUUUUCUUCUUCCUCUUCUUCCUGAGUGUGUGGCUCAUUGCAUAUGGAGUUGCCACCCAGGCUCUUCUCCACCCAAAUGAUCAAAGAAUUGACUGGGUGUUUCGCAGAGUCUUGUACCGCCCAUAUCUGCAUAUUUUCGGCCAGAUCCCAUUAGAAGACAUAGAUGCUGCUCGGAUGCCUGAAAUUAACUGCACCAGUGACUCAAAUGAAAUUUUCUUGGGCCUGAGGCCACCCUGUCCUAACGUCUAUGCCAAUUGGCUGGUCAUUCUGCUCCUGGUUAUCUUCCUUCUUGUCACCAAUGUCCUGCUGCUCAACCUCCUCAUUGCCAUGUUCAGUUACACCUUCCAGGUGGUGCAAGGAAACACUGACAUCUUCUGGAAGUUCCAGAGAUAUAACCUGAUAGUGGAAUACCACAGCCGCCCAGCCCUGGCCCCACCCUUCAUCAUCAUCAGCCAUCUCUCCCAGCUCCUCCUCUCCCUGGUCAAACGCUCAGAGUCGAAACAGGAGCAUCUUGAGAGGGAACUUCCUGCGGGCCUUGACCAGAGGCUGAUAACAUGGGAGACUGUUCAGAAAGAAAACUACUUAGCAAAACUGGAGCACCGGCACUGGGAGAGCAGUGAGGAGAGACUCAAGAGUACUGCUUCAAAGGUGAAGAGCUUGUUGAAGACUGUUAACGGAAUCAAGGACCAAGAGAAACGACUGACAUCCAUUGAAGUUCAGGUCAGAUAUUGUGGAGAGGUGCUGUCCUGGAUGGCAGAGUGCUUUGCUCAGAGCACACUCAAAUGUGGUAAAGAAGCUCCAAGAGCUCCAACGUCCCUUUCAGGCAGCAAGGGAGGAACCACAGAGGAAGAACCUCAAAGCCAACCAGAGAAAGAAGCCAAACAAGAGGCAGAAGAAGGCAAACCAAGUCACCUGGGAUAUGGAGCCAAUAAGAAAUUUCCUUACAUUGAUGAGUAACAGUCAGAAAGAUAACUUGAGGCCCACAGACACUAUGUACCAUGGUCCAACCCAAAUUCAUCUACAUGGCUCUACCCAUCAUUUUGUGUUGAUAGGAUGUCCUGAUAUUAGUCAUCUGAGAGUCCAAAUGACCCAAAAAUUCUGUUUAAAGACACAAUGUUAACUCUUCAUUUGAAAAAGACUGCCACCCACCAGAGUUAGCGGUGGUCAUUUGGAUUUGGGAUAAUAAGGUUUUAUUUCUAGAAUAAUGCAAAAUAAUUUGAUUUAGGGAUUAAGCUUAAAUUCAAAUUGAAUUGAUAAAAUAGUGUGGAACUUAUUUUUUUCAGCAGGCUGCUGUAACAUAGAAAAUGUUAGAAUUUUCACUUGUGACCUUAAAAACGAAAUAUCAGAGAGAGUCUGUCAUUUGUUAGGCUGACACAUACAAGCAGUGCAGUGAGUGAUCAGUCUGCACGUCAUACAGCAGUGGCAGAGUUCAAAAAGGCAUCAAAACAUUUAAAUAAGUAAUAAAUCACAUGCUCAGGAGUUUAGGUUAUUUAGCUUUAUUACAUAAACUUUAUGUAAUCAGAUUACUAAAAAUGGCAUGGCACUUUAACAUAAUCAAUAGAAAACAAAAGCAGAAAGCAAAAGCAAACGAUACAAACAAGUAGACUUAAUCAAAAAGCAGCAUUUUGCUUUAAAGAAAAAUAUUUAGCAUUUGCAAUUGACAUCUGGAUAUUUACACUUGAAAUAUAUGUCCAAAACAUCACAUCAGCCAGGAACUUAAAUGAAACAUAUCAUAAAGUCUGUCAAAUGCAGCUAUCUGUACCCAGAAGGGAAAUAAACUGUAACAAAGACCUGAACAGAAUAUCUACGAUGAGGGCAAAAUGCUUUGUUUUUUUUAUUGAUUUGCCCCAAUUCAUUACAGUACAUUCUGCUUGUCUGAAGAAAUGUUGUGUUCUCAAGUCAGAACACGUUUCUGCCUGCUAAAGUGUCAAAUUGUGAUAAGAGUUAGGUGACACUUCUUCACUGUUGUCCAGCAAUUACUGUUAAAAAAAGGUUCUUUGUCAUAUCACCAACUGUGGGUAUAAUAAACAAUUUUCACACAGCCGAGCACUAGUCGUAAAUACAAUAAAAUCUGCUCUUUACAACUAAGCUUGCUGAUAGCACUAGUGGAGGCACUUUGAUUUUCACUGGGCUAUUACAGACACUAGUUGUACAGUGAUAUUCAGUCAGCAGGUUGAUUAUGUUCGGCUGAUUAGACACCAACUGAUUAUAAAAUGUGAACUUAAUAGGUUUGACUGAGUGAGUAGACGUGAUUUAAAACUCUUUCAAAGCAUGUAUAAGGUGUGUCAAAAUUAAACUAACAGAAAUAAUAACAUGAUUUUAAAGUUAAACAUGCAUCUAUGUUGGUCCAUGAACCCGUGGUUUGAGUCUGGUCACCACAAACUAAUCUAAACUAAUUUUCAGCAUUUUAAGUAGGUUGGCUGUAGUACCUGCUUAAUAUGCUACAGUGACCUACAGCGAUGGGGGACUCAGUAAAUGCUGGGCCCCCCAUUGGUGCUUUUAUCAAUCAAAUUUAACAUCUAGGAAAUAUUUAGAUUUUAGAAGGGAGGAAUACUGGAAAACUCUGUAGAGCAUCAAGUAAGUAGCGUAACAGAUCAGUCAUCUGGUUAGAGACCAUGGUGUUUCUACAGAUGCUAAUGCAUUUUAGCGCAUACUUGAAAGCCAACAACAUCUGACAUAAAGGCACAGAUAUUGCCACAGCAAAUUUAAAGGUAAUUACAAUAUCUAUUGCAUGAUUUAAUGCUCAAAAUUUCCAAUAUUACAGUUGAGAACGAAGGCUUUCAUAACAUAUACAUUAGAUCUGAGGUACAAGAUAAAAACAAGACUGCAUUUCACAGAAAAAAAAUGUGUGACUUGUGUAACAAGGUUGAGAGCUGUAUUGGGCUGCAAUGAACUGACUCAGAUCGAGUUGUUCUGUGUAAAAUGCAUCACCCCCGAAUUAUACUGUACCCCAUGUAACUAGCACACAUCAGGACAUAUUCUGAUACAUACCCCUGGUGUUUAUCUAUUUGGGGGGG